AUGUCCACCUGUGCACGCACAUGCUAUAUGCAUCCGCGGCUCGUCCCUCCCCGCCCCCACCCCCACCCCGACCCCGCCCACCGGGACCCUCCCCCCCAGGUGGAGGACGCGCUCACCUACCUGGACCAGGUGAAGAUCCGCUUUGGCAGUGACCCCGCCACCUACAACGGCUUCCUGGAGAUCAUGAAGGAGUUCAAGAGCCAGAGCAUCGAUACUCCUGGCGUCAUCAGACGUGUCUCUCAGCUGUUCCACGAACACCCUGACCUCAUCGUGGGAUUCAAUGCCUUCCUCCCCCUUGGAUAUAGAAUUGACAUUCCCAAGAAUGGCAAGUUGAACAUACAGGCACCUCUGGCGAGCCAGGAGAAUUCACACAGCCAUGGUGACUGUGCAGAGGACUUCAAGCAACAGGGGCCGUACAAGGAAGACAAGCCCCAGGUGGCCUUGGAGUCAGACUCUGUGGAGUUCAACAAUGCCAUCAGCUACGUGAACAAGAUCAAGACCCGCUUCCUAGACCACCCGGAGAUCUACAGGUCAUUCCUGGAGAUUCUGCACACGUACCAGAAGGAGCAGCUGAACACAAGGGGCCGGCCGUUCCGGGGCAUGUCUGAAGAGGAGGUGUUCACUGAGGUGGCCAACCUCUUCCGUGGCCAGGAGGACUUGCUCUCGGAAUUUGGACAGUUCCUGCCUGAAGCAAAGCGGUCUCUGUUCACAGGAAACGGGCCAUGCGAGAUGAACAGUGCCCAGAAGAAUGAGCACGAGAAGAGCCUGGAGCACAGCAAAAAGCGUUCCCGGCCCUCACUGCUCCGCCCCGUGUCUGCGCCAGCCAAGAAGAAGGUGAAGCUCCGUGGAGCCAAAGACCUGUCCAUGGCGGCCGUGGGGAAGCACGGGACCUUGCAGGAGUUCUCCUUCUUCGACAAGGUCCGCAGAGUGCUGAAGAGCCAGGAGGUGUACGAGAACUUCCUCCGCUGCAUCGCACUGUUCAACCAGGAGCUGGUGUCCGGCUCGGAGCUCCUGCAGCUGGUCAGCCCAUUCCUCGGGAAAUUUCCAGAGCUCUUUGCACAGUUCAAGUCCUUUCUGGGGGUGAAGGAGCUGUCGUUCGCGCCACCCAUGGGUGACAGAUCUGGAGAUGGGAUGAGCCGGGAGAUCGAUUAUGCAUCAUGCAAGCGCAUUGGGUCCAGCUACCGGGCGCUCCCCAAGACCUACCAGCAGCCCAGGUGCAGCGGGAGGACGGCCAUCUGCAAGGAGGUGCUGAAUGACACCUGGGUCUCCUUCCCCUCCUGGUCGGAGGACUCUACCUUUGUCAGCUCCAAGAAGACGCCCUAUGAGGAGCAGCUGCACCGCUGUGAGGAUGAACGCUUUGAGCUAGAUGUCGUCCUGGAGACCAACCUGGCCACCAUUCGUGUGCUGGAAAGUGUGCAGAAGAAGCUCUCGCGGAUGGCGCCGGAAGACCAGGAGAAGUUCCGGCUGGAUGACUCUCUGGGGGGCACGUCGGAAGUGAUCCAGCGGCGUGCCAUCCACCGCAUCUAUGGGGACAAAGCCCCAGAGAUCAUUGAAAGCCUCAAGAAGAACCCUGUCACCGCCGUUCCCGUCGUCCUGAAAAGGCUGAAGGCCAAGGAAGAAGAGUGGCGGGAGGCCCAGCAGGGCUUCAACAAGAUCUGGCGGGAGCAGUACGAGAAGGCCUACCUCAAGUCCCUCGACCACCAGGCCGUGAACUUCAAGCAGAAUGACACCAAGGCCCUGCGCUCCAAGAGCCUGCUCAACGAGAUUGAGAGCGUCUACGAUGAGCACCAAGAGCAGCACUCGGAGGGCCGCAGCGCCCCCGCCAGUGAGCCGCACCUCAUCUUCGUGUACGAGGACCGGCAGAUCCUGGAGGACGCAGCAGCGCUCAUCAGCUACUACGUGAAGCGGCAGCCGGCCAUCCAGAAGGAGGACCAGGGCACCAUCCACCAGCUGCUGCACCAGUUCGUGCCCAGCCUCUUCUUCUCCCAGCAGCUGGACCUGGGCGCGUCUGAGGAGUCGGCCGGUGAGGACCGUGACGGCCCCCAGGGGCCGAGCGCCGAGCCCGGCGAGCGCCAGAAGCCUGCGCCGGGGCCGCAGAGCAGUGCCCAGCAGGAGAAGGGGGCGCCCGGGCCCGCUGCAGCCAGCACGCCACCCAGGCCGCCCGACGACGUGUACGGCCUGUUCUUCGCCAACAACAACUGGUACUUUUUCCUGCGCCUGCACCAGACGCUGUGCUCCCGGCUGCUGAAGAUCUACCGCCAGGCGCAGAAGCAGCUGCUGGAGUUCCGGGCCGAGAAGGAGCGCGAGAGGCUGCUGUGCGAGGGGCGCCGGGAGAAGGGCGGCGACCCCGCCAUGGAGCUGCGGCUCAGGCAGCCCAGUGAGGUGGAGCUGGAGGAGUACUACCCGGCCUUCCUGGACAUGGUGCGCAGCCUGCUGGAGGGCAGCAUCGACCCCACGCAGUAUGAGGACACACUGCGCGAGAUGUUCACCAUCCACGCUUACAUAGGCUUCACCAUGGACAAGCUGGUGCAGAACAUCGCACGGCAGCUGCACCACCUGGUGAGCGACGACCUCUGCCUGAAGGUGGCCGAGCUCUACCUGAGCGAGAAGAAGCGGGGGGCCGCCGGCGGGAACGCGUCCUCCCGCUGCGUCCGGGCCGCCCGCGAGACCAGCUACCAGUGGAAGGCCGAGCGCUGCAUGGCCGAUGAGAACUGCUUCAAGGUGAUGUUCCUGCAGCGCACAGGCCAGGUGCUCAUGACCAUUGAGCUCCUGGACACCGAGGAGGCCCAGACGGAAGACCCCGUGGAGGUCCAGCACCUGGCUCGGUAUGUGGAGCAGUAUGUGGGGACCGAGGGUGCAUCCAGCUCGCCCACUGAGGGCUUCCUGCUGAAGCCUGUGUUCCUGCAGAGGAACCUCAAGAAGUUCCGCCGCCGGUGGCAGAGUGAGCAGGCGCGGGCCCUGCGCGGGGAGGCCCGGGGCUCCUGGAAGCGGCUGGUGGGUGUGGAGAGUGCCUGCGAUGUGGACUGCCGCUUCAAGCUCAGCUCGCACAAGAUGGUGUUUGUCGUGAACUCCGAGGACUACAUGUACCGCCGCGGGACCCUCGGCCGUGCCAAGCAGGUGCAGCCCCUGGUGCUGCUGCGCCACCACCAGCACUUCGAGGAGUGGCACGGCCGCUGGCUGGAGGACAACGUCACGGUGGAGGCGGCCGGCCUGGUGCAGGACUGGCUGAUGGGCGAGGAGGACGAGGACAUGGUGCCCUGCAAGACUCUCUGCGAGACGGCGCACGUGCAUGGCUUGCCCGUGACCCGCUAUCGCGUGCAGUACAGCCGGCGCCCCGCCUCGCCCUGACCCGCCCUGGGCAUC